AUGACCAGCCAUGGCGUGCCCAGGCAUGGCCGCUACGAGAGAUUAUUGAGGAAGCACCGGUUCGACACGAGGAAUGUUGAACACGAAGAGACGGUCUUGAAUGAUCAAAGGGCUACCGUCCCCGAGGGCGAAACCACGCGGUCGAAGAAUCUACAUGAGCAAUGGGUGGCGAUGCACGAAAAGCGGGAGCAGGUCCUGAAUCCUUCCACGACACUUGUACCUGUGAUCCCUGAUGUGACAAGUACAACUACUGAAGAGGAUUCUGCGACUACGGAGACGCAGACGGAACCGGCUCAUGAAUCAGAAACAACUACAAACGAGAUUCGACCUACGACGGAGACGGUACCGGUCAAUGAUCCGGCAUCAACCACGUCCGAGGACGAAUCUGCGACCACAAUGACCCAGCCUGUUGUAUCAGAAACGACUUCGUUUGAGACGGGCGUUUCCACAUCGGAUCAGCAGACAAAUGAGUUGCCAACCAAUACAGAGGCGAUUGUUGAACCGACAUUGACCACGGUCACGACAUCUACCUCCAAUCCAUCCACUGAAACAAAUACAGAUAAGGAGUCGUUAACAGUCUCCGAGCGUCUGAAUCUGCUGGUUUAG